AACUUCACCCGCGCAAAGUGAAGGGAUGUUAUUCACAUUAUCGUUACAUUGUCCUGAUAAGUGCUAUCAAGUCUUUCAUGUGGAUGAUAAUUGUUAUGGGACUUUGGAUUUGCUAGAAGAUGCUCAUAAUGCUUUAACAGGAGGUCCUUCUACUUGGUUGGAAAAAACUACUUGUUUAGAAGCUAUUCAUCCGAAUACUGGUGUUAUAAUAAAACUGGAUAAUGAUGCUGAUUUAAACAUGUUGUUUAAUAUGUACAAGGAUUUGGGAAAGGGAGAGGUUCACAUAAAUUUGACUAUAAUGAAUGAAAUCCUUGAUGAAGCUGAGGGUGAAAUUUUUCAGUGGACCGACGAUGAAGAAGAUGAAAAUAUGAUUGAGAAUAUGGAGGCUCACUCAGAUGACCAAAAUAUCGAUGAUGGUUUAUCUGAUUAUGAAUCUGAUGAAAAUGGAGUAUUUGAAGGUGUUAGUGAUGAUGAUGAAGCAAUUGAUCACCCAAUGGCAAAGGUAAGUGGCAAGAUGCAAGGUGAGGUUUUCAAAUAUACCUAUGAUGAGAAACUGAAGAAAGAGAUAGUUUUACUUAAAGUGGGGCAAAUAUUUAAUAAUGUCACUCAUUUUAGAGAAGUUAUGGAAGAAUUUGUCCGUCAAGAGGGUUUUCCUAUUGAAAAGCUAAAGAAUGAGAAGAGAAGGUUUAUUGCUAUUUGUAAAGAUAGAGGAUGUGAUUGGAAGAUUCGUGCUUCCCCUUAAGGCGAUGGCAUAACUUACAAGAUUAAAAAAUUAAGUGGUCCACACACAUGCCUCCAAGAUAUGAAAGGUCAUGGAGCAACUUCAGGAUGGAUUGCGAAACAAUUUGAGUCAGAUUUCAGAGCCGAUUAUGAUUUUUCUGCGGAUAAACUUUAUGUUUCAUUGAAAGAGAAAUUCGGCCUCGAUAUUAGAAGUCAAAAGUUGUUAAGGGCAAUAAGGAUUCAAAGAAAAAUAGUUGUUGGAGAUCAUGAAAAGAGUUAUAUGCCAAAAUACCACAAUACAUAGCUAUUCUAAAAGAGACUAAUGAAGGUGUUAUGAUAAAGUUAAAGUGUAUUGGCUUAGAUAUACUGAAUCCCGGGUGCAAUCCAAUCCUUGAACACUUUUACAUUAGCUUUGAGGCACAAGGUUAUGGUUUUGUUAAUGGUUGUAGGUGCUUUAUUGGUAUUGAUGCUUGUUUUCUGAAGGGCCCCUUUAAAGGACAAUUACUUGUUGUCGUUUCACUUGACGCAAAUUCAGGUAUUUUUCCUUUAGCAGUCAUGAUUGCUAAUAGGGAAGACGGGCUGACAUGGGAGUAUUUUCUUGAUUGCUUGUCCAAUUCUGUUGGAGCUAUUGGAGGCAUCACAUUUAUGAGUGACAGGCAAAAAGGGCUCAAGAAUGCCGUGAAAAAAGUUUUUCCUAUGGAAAAUCAUAGAUUUUGUGCAAGACACCUUUAUAACAAUUUUAAGGUAAAAAAUCCUGGUCCAAAGUUAAAACAACUUUUUUGGGCAGCAGUUAAGGCCUAUAAUGAGCAAGACUUUUUGCAAGUUAUGGAUGAGAUGAAAGAAAUAAGCAGAUCUGCUUAUAAUUGGCUUUUGUAUGACGGCAAAGAACCACUUGGGAGUUGGGAAAGAUAUAAAUUUGAUGAACAUGUAAGAAACGAUCAUGUGACGAAUAACAUGACCGAGUCUUUCAAUGCUUUUGUGGUGAAAGUUAGAGAAAACCCAGUUCUUACUUUGUUGGAAUGGAUUAGAAGGAAAACUAUGACUAGAUUUCAACAAAGAUAUGAAAAAGCCGUUGCUCUAGCAACUCCAAUUCCAUCAAAAGCGAGAGAAAGAAUUAAUCGAAAUCAGAAGGAGGGGAAAAAGCUGCUUUGUUUCAGAGGUAGUGAUCACUUGUUUGAAGUAAAUGACUCAAAAAACUAUGUGGUGAAUUUACAGGAAAUGUCUUGUCAAUGUAGAGAAUGGCCAAUUAGUGGAGUGCUGUGCAAACAUGCACUAUGUUGCAUGACUCAUAUUAGAGAUGAUCCUACCAGAUUUGUUCAUCCUCUACUCACUAGAGAUUUUUAUGUGAAGACUUAUUCUAAGACAAUCAAUCCGGUUCCAGAUGAGAGCAAAUGGCCAGCUGUAGAUCACCCUGUUGGGUGUCCUCGUGAAGAUAUAGAGAAGCAGAGAGGUAGAAAACCAAAGAAAAGAAAAAGAGAAUUGGAUGAACAACCAGCCAAGAAGAGAUCAGUUCAUUGCAUUUGCACAAUAUGUCAUCAAAUUGGACAUAAUAGUAGAACGUGUGGAAAGAAAAAAUCAACUACAAAUGAGGGUGGACUCCAUUAGAACAGCAUAUGAUUUUGAGAAUUUGAAACACUUAAUGUUUGAGAUUGGGAAUGUCCGAGACAGCUUAAGGUUAAUGCCGGACUUCCAAAGGAGGGAAAUGGCUGCAAAUUUGGCAAUGAAAAUGGCUGCCAUGUUUGGUGAUAGCAGUGGAGAUGAAGGAGGAUUUGAUUGAUAGAAGCCGCAUAAAGUUCACUGAUCACAUAUGCCCCUCAGUUUCACUUCUUGUGGAGCUGUUCAUAAACUAAAGGAAUCUGAUAAGCGCGUUGUGCAUUCGUGUUUAAGUGAGAUCGACGAGCUAGCUGUUUAUCAAAGAUAUCUGCUAUAAAAAAUCACAGCUUUAAUUUUGUGUGUUUAUGAUCCUAGCAGGUGAUUGGAAGGGUAGAAAUGUUUUAGCUUGUUCAGGCUUCUAUAGUAGUUCUUUAGAUUUUCCUACCAGAAGUGAUUUGUGUAUUAUUAGCAAGAGUAAUAUAUUAUGUUAUGAGAAUCAGCUAUGUUCUCUUGUUGACACACGCAAGAGGAAACAGAGCGGUUAGUUUCAUGAGAAAAAAAAAUGGUGUUCC